UGGUUUUGUGUCCGCUGGCCAUCUUCAGUUGUGAAUCAGUGAUGGAAACUUCAGCGGCAUUGUUGUCUCGUGCAUUUUGUCUAUUAUUCUUAGUGGUGGGCAGCAGAAGUAUUGACGAUGGCUGUAUCAAGUGCCUCUGUGAAGCUAUCAAUGAGGCCCCGAUCUGUAACUACCAGGUGGGCUGCCACGAUGGAGUCUGUGGACCCUACGCCAUCACUAUGCCAUACUGGGUAGAUGGUGGUCGGCCUACUGUGGGACUUGAGGAUCGCAACGUGCCAUCUACAUAUGAAAAAUGCUCAAACGACGUGACUUGCGCAGAGGCUACAAUACGCGGCUACAUGAAUAAAUUUCACCAGGACUGUAACCAAGAUGGGUCUGAAGACUGUUUCGACUACGCUGCAGUGCAUUUUCAUGGAGGUUACAACUGCAAUCAACCAUUGAGAGAACCGGUUAGGAGAGCUCUGGAUAACUGUUUGAGACGUUUAGGGGCUUAUCCACAACCAGGACCGGGUGAACUACCCGGACAACAGUAUCCACCGGUACAACCGGAGCGUCCACAAACACCGGAUCUACCGAUACAACCAGAGUUUCCACGACAACCGGAACUACCUGUACAACCGGAAUUUCCAAUACAACCAUCACAACCGGAAUCAACCACCUACCCUUCAAUAGACAUCCGGUUUGGCGAAAACAAAUAGAAUGGUCAUAUUCAAGGGGUUUUUGCUCUCAUGUCACACUAAUCUAUGAAAAAAUUAGUGGUGAAUUAAAGUUCAUUAUUGUGAUUUAUUUUUUAGACUAGGCUUAGGCUGAGAAAGACGUUUUUAUAUUUGUGUGUUCUUAGUAGUAGAUCAAUAAAUUGUGACACUCCCUUUGUAACAAUUUAAAGGUUUUCUUAGUAUUAUUUGAUGCCGUUAAAUGUUGGAAAAUAAUAUGAAAUAAAGAAUCAUGAUGAAGCCAAAGGGGAAACACUAAAAAUAAAUUAGUUCAUCAAUUAUUUUA